GAUCCUAUAUACAAGAUAGCGUGUCCGCGACGACGCGUACAAAAGCUCAACCAUCUGAAUUCUCAUUUUAAUCUUGCAGACUCAUAUAUUUAGUCCUACAGAUCAUCCCAUUGCAUAAGAAUCAUGGGUCACAGCAGUGUUAGUGCUUCCAUCCAACUUGUCUCACUAAUUAUACUGUCAGGAAUUUUAUCCCUUGAAACCAUUAAACUCGGUUUCUGCAGUGAUGAUCAUAAUGUAGGAUGCAUAGAUAUAGAGAGGAAAGCCCUUCUCAAGCUCAAACAAGGCCUCACAGAUCUUUCCGGACGGCUUUCGUCUUGGGUGGGAGAAGAUUGCUGCAAAUGGAGUGGUGUAGGCUGCAACAACAUAACUGGACGUGUCAACAGGCUCAAUCUUCACAAUCGUGAUUGGUUUGAUUAUUACGGACCAACAGAGCAUGGAUUUGAUGGUGAGAUCAACCCUUCUUUGCUUGUUUUGAAAGAUUUGGAAUACUUGGAUUUGAGCUUGAAUUUGUUUGGAGGUGUCCAAUUUCCAAGUUUCAUUGGAUCACUAGAGAAACUGAAAUACCUCAAUCUCUCUCGUACAUAUUUUGUUGGAGUCAUUCCCCCCAAUCUUGGAAACCUCUCAAGGUUGCUUUAUCUUGAUCUUAAGAGUUCUGGAACUCUUGAGACUGACCUUCAGUGGCUUGCAACUCUUUCUUCCUUAAAGUACCUUAACUUGGGAGGAGUGAACCUUACUAAGACUACAUCUUAUUGGCUUCCCGCUGUUAAUAUGCUCCCUUCACUAGUUGAAUUGUAUUUGCCCCAUUGUAGUCUUCCCAUGCUUCCUCUCACUCUUCCUUCCAUCAAUUUCACAUCCCUUUCAGUUCUUGAUCUCUCUGGCAAUGAAUUCACCUCCACGAUACCUCCUUGGUUGUUUAAUCUCACUAAACUAGAGAAGUUGGAUUUCUCAGUUAACAGUCUUACAGGAAAACUGCCUGAUUCUUUGGGACAUCUUAAAAGCUUGAGAUUCCUCAACUUGUCGUAUAACUCAUUUCAGGGUUCAAUCCCAAAAUCGAUUGGAAAUUUAAGAUUCAGCUAUGAUUCCCAUGUUGAUUUGACUUCAAACCGCUUUGAAGGCCCACUCCCACUUUGGUCCUCAAACAUUUCCUUGCUGUAUCUUAGAGAUAAUCUAUUUUCAGGGCCAAUUCCUCAUAACAUUGGUCAAGUGAUGCCCAAUUUGAAAUAUCUAGACAUUUCUACGAACUCUUUGAGUGGAAGCAUUCCCCUGUUCUUGGGUAAUUUAAGCCAAUUACAAUUCAUAUUGAUCUCAAAUAACCUCUUGUCUGGUGAGAUUCCUUAUUUUUGGAACAAUAUGCCAUCAUUGGUUUGUAUAAACUUGUCAAACAACAGUCUCUCUGGUGAGAUUCCUCAUUUUUGGAACAAUAUGCCAUCAUUGGGUUGUAUAGACUUGUCAAGCAACAGUCUCUCUGGUACAAUCCCAAGAUCCUUAGGCUCUCUUACUUCACUCAAGUUCUUGAUCCUCUCUAGCAACAACUUUUCAGGUGAAGUUCCUUCCUUGAAAAACUGCACUAACCUGAGAAUUCUUGAUCUUGGUGAUAACAAGUUUUUUGGACCGAUUCUAGCUUUCAUUGGUGAAAGCAUGCUCUCUUUAAAGAUUUUAAGCUUGAGGUCCAACUCAUUUACGGAAAGCAUCCCUUUAAAAUUAUGUGGCCUUUCCGCUCUCCGUAUAUUGGACUUCUCACACAAUAAUCUUUCCGGAAAUAUUCCCCACUGCUUAGGUAAUUUGAGUCACUUGAAAUAUGAGAACAUUGACUAUUAUUCCCUUGGUUGCAUUAAAAGUUUUGAGUUAGUGUCAAAAGGAAGAGUGUUUGUAUAUGAUUAUCACUCCAUCCUUGCCCUUGUUACUAGCAUUGAUCUAUCGGACAAUAAAUUGUCAGGAGAGAUACCUAUGGGCCUAACAAGCCUUAUAAAGUUGCGCAUCUUAAAUUUGUCCAUGAAUCAUUUGACAGGAAUUAUCCCAGCAAAUAUCGGAAACCUGGAGUUGAUAGAAACUCUUGAUCUAUCAUUGAACAAACUUUCAGGUUCAAUUCCACAGAGCAUGGUUUCUUUAACAUUUUUGAAUCAUUUGAAUAUGUCAUACAAUAACUUGUCCGGGAAAAUCCCAACGGGUAACCAGUUUCAGACCUUUGUUGACCCGUCAAUUUAUACGGGUAAUGCUGGUCUUAGCGGGUGUCCAUUACCAAUUGGUUGCCAAGACAAUGAAGAAACACCUCAAGUUCCAAGUGGAGAUGGAGGAGAGGAUGAUGAUGACAGUAAACUUGAAAAGCUACCGUUCGUCAUCAGCAUGGUGAUAGGUUUCUGUGCAGGGUUUUGGGGAGUUUUUGGGACUUUGGCCAUGAAGAGGUCUUGGAGGCAUGCCUAUUUUCACUUCCUUGACAAAGUGAAAGAUGCUGUCCUUGAUUUUUUCUCAGCCAUUGGUACUUAUCUGCAGAAAAGAUCGUAGAGUACAGAAGAAGUUGCACAUGUGAAGGCAUAUGUAUGCAAGCAAAUAAAGCAGUAUUGUCCUUUACAAUUUUCUAAGUUGGUUGUUAUAUGCAUUUAUACUUGUAUGUGUUGUGCUAGAAGCACCAAGC